GGCUGGUUAAAGAUUAUCUGCUAAGAUGCUCCGGAACGUCUUUCUUGUCAGCUUGCUCAUAUAUGCAGUCUGCGCAGUUCACUGGGAGGAUCGUGAAGUGGGUUCUGCUGAGGAAGAACUUGAGGAUCUUGAAGAAAUCCUUGUUGACAGCUUGACGAAACAACAGAUUUUUACCAGGUGCUCGAUAUGUAAAUACAUCACGAAGAGGGUGAAAAAAAGAAUCUCCUCUAAGGCAUCUCCGGAUGCAAUCAAAGACAAGCUUAACAACACCUGUGAGAAAGCCGGGCCACUGAAGUCUAAGUGCAAGCACUUUGUUGAGAAGUAUUUGAAAACUUUGAUUGAUGAGCUGAUGACUGAUGACGGGCCAAGAACCAUCUGUGUUAAAGUCCAUGCCUGCAAGCCAAAACCACCCAUAAAGAAGUUAAUUUUUUCUCAUGAUCCUGCUUCUAACAAUUUCUGAAAAAGAAUACAUUAUUACUGUGUGAAAGCAUUAAAUGCAUUACAAUGAAAGCAAAAUAAAAUUAUAUGAAUCAAACAA